UAAAUAUUUAGCUCCAUCUAUUUAAUAAAUGUUAUAAAUAAAAUAUUAUGGAUUUAUCACUUCAAAAUGUUUCUGAUCAAAAUCUACAAAAAUCUGAAAAUAAACCAGAUUAUAAAAAGGAUGAAAAAGUUAGAGAAAAUGCUGAUCAACAAGAGCAGUUAAGAAAUACAAUACUUUCAUCUGUAUUAGACCAAAAAGCCAGGGCAAGAUUGAGUAAUAUAACUCUUGCUAAACCAGAUAAAGGUAAGGCCUUAGAGAAUAUGAUUAUUCAAAUGGCUCAAUAUGGUCGAAUUCAACAUCAAUUAAAUGAAGAUCAAAUGGUUAAAUUACUUGAACAAUUAAAUCAACAGCAAAAACCAAAAACAAUUGUAAAAUUUGAAAGAAGACAAAUUGAUGAUUAUUCAGAUGAAGAUUAUUAAUAUAUAAAAAUUUAUUAUUAUUAUAAAGUCAAGAUGUGUUGUAUAUUAGAAGCCUUAUAAAUUUUGAUACACAAAUUUUUUUUAAAUUAAUUAUAUUAUAUAAAUUGUUUCUUGCUUUUUGAAUCCAAUACUUAAAUAUUA